AUGAAGAGCGGAAGCAAGGAGAUUUCCUCCCAGUCGUUAAGAAACGGUGGAAACGAUGGCUUCUUUAAUGCAUCCUUAAAGUAUGUAUUGGCCGCCUGCCUGGCGUCAUUCAUCUUUGGCUACCAAGUCAGUGUGUUGAAUACAAUCAAAAAAUUCAUCGUAAUUGAAUUCGGAUGGUGCGAGCAGAACAAAGCGGAAUGUGAUGGUAGCACGUUGAAGAGUUCCUUCCUCUUGGCGUCCGUCUUUAUAGGUGCCGUGGUUGGAAGUGGAUUUUCGGGAUACCUAGUUCAGUAUGGAAGAAGAUUUGCACUCCUAGUCAUAUACAAUUUUUUUAUUCUAGUGGGUAUAUUGACAUCGAUUACACAUCACUUCGACGUCAUUUUGUUUUCGCGUCUUCUGAGCGGGUUCGGAAUAGGACUAAUCACAGUGAGUGUGCCAAUGUAUAUCUCCGAGAUGACCCAUAAGGAUAAAAAGGGCGCCUAUGGAGUCCUGCACCAGUUGUUUAUCACCUUUGGCAUAUUCAUAGCAGUGCUGUUAGGAAUGGCCAUGGGGAAAGUACCAGAAGUAUCGACCCCUUUGGGAAAUUUUCAGAAAAUAUGGUGGAGACUUAUGUUUUUUUUUCCCUGCGUUAUCUCCAUUGUGGGCAUUCUUCUGCUGACUUUUUUUUUUAAAGAGGAGACUCCGUACUACUUAUAUGAGACAGGAAAAGUAGAAGAAUCGAAGAAGAUUUUAAAAAAGAUCUACGGAACUGAUAAUGUGGAUGAUCCGUUGAAGGCAAUUAAAGAUGCAGUGGAACAGAACGAGGUAGCGAAGAAAAAUUCCAUUUCGUUAAUGAGAGCCAUGCGGAUUCCUUCCUACCGCUAUGUCAUCCUGCUCGGUUGUAUUCUCUCGGGUAUGCAGCAGUUCACAGGGAUUAAUGUCCUGGUGUCCAAUUCGAACGAACUGUACAAAGGAUUCCUAGACGACGACUUCAUAACGACCCUAAGUGUGUUAAUGACAGCAGUUAAUUUUUUAAUGACCUUUCCAGCGAUCUACAUUGUGGAGAAGUUAGGAAGAAAGACUUUGCUCCUUUGUGGUUGCGCAGGAGUUAUUUGUGCCUUCUUACCUACUGCCAUAGGUAAUCAGAUUGAUAAAGACUCCUCUUUUGUGAAGAAUCUUUCCAUUGCUGCAACUUUCGUGAUGAUAAUUUCGUUUGCCGUUUCGUAUGGACCUGUGCUGUGGAUUUAUCUUCACGAAAUGUUUCCCUCGGAGAUUAAGGAUAGCGCGGCGAGCUUGGCUUCUUUGGUCAACUGGGUGUGUGCUAUCAUAGUGGUGUUUCCAUCUGACAUAAUUAUUAAGAAGUCCCCCACGAUUCUGUUUUUCAUUUUCUCCGGUAUGUCGAUUGUGGCCUUCCUUUUCAUCUUCUUCUUCAUUAAGGAGACAAAGGGUGGCAACAUUGGCACAAGUCCAUACAUCACCAUGGAGGAGAGGCAGAAGCACAUGGGCAAGUCGGCCGUGUGA